AGGAGGACGGUGACGAUAGUCACGCCGAAGCGACGGAGGUGCUUCCUGAGAAAAGUGAUGGCAAGGAGACGAUGUGGACGAUUCCACAGGUUCCACAGGCCGAGACGCCUGGAAAGGACCCGGCUUGGCAUCAAAAGGUGGAUGACUUGGCGCAUCGUGGCAUCAGACUGGGCCACAUCUUGGGUUUCUAUCAAAGCCUUUCUGAAGGCACCUUGCGAGGAGAUGCAGGACAGAAGUUGAUGUCACACUUUACUGCAGAGAAGCACACGACCCACGAUGUGGUGCGCUCCGCCAUCAUCCCGGUGCCCAAAUCCACGCCCUUCGGAAGCUGCGCCUAUGCCACCCUGGCAGAAGGCAACGCACCCUGUCUGGCCACCGUGAUGGUCUCGCACCACUGGCGUAAUCUCUUCUGCCAUCUGUCGGCCGCGGUGCUGGCGUACGCCUUGGGGGAGACGAGUUAUGAAGCCACGGCCGAGAGUUUGACGAAGAAGAGCUUCGAGGAGCUCAGGCAGCGUUUGGAUAGAAGAGAUGCUUUGCAAAGCACCUUCUGGAUGUGCCUUUUCUGUGUGAAUCAGCAUGCCAGCAUAUGUGGUGGACUGCCUGCUGCGCCCGAACAGAAGGAGAACCAAUCGGCCGAGCAGUUUCAAGAGCUCUGUGACUCGCAUUGUCGUGAGAUUCACGAUCCAGUGACGGGAAAAGAGUUCAGCGCUUGCCACUGUGAGACCACGAAGCAUUGGAACAGCUCCGCCCUGUGCGAAAUGGACAAGUUUGAUUCGAUGAUGGCCAUCUUGGACAUUCAGGUGCCCAAGGUGAUCCAACGCAAGCUGAGUCAUGUCAUCGUGGUGGAUGAAUCCUUCGAGGUCUUCUCCCGCAUUUGGGUCAUGGCUGAGAUCGCCAAAGCGCAAGAACUGGAGUUGAACCAGGUGGCGCUUCUGUAUCCUCCACCAGAUCGGCUGAAGAUCGAGGUGAAGGACGUCAAGGCGAAACGGCGAAGCCAGGUUCCCUCCAGCGCAGCUUUGGAAGUGGCGCGCGUACGUGACACCUUGGAUAUCCGCAACUGCAAGGCCAGCCGGCAGGAGGAUGUUGAGGCGAUCCUGGGGUCCAUCCCGGACGUGAAUGCCUUCAACGAACGGCUCAAGGAGGUGCUCUUCAACGAGCAGUCGGGUAUUCUGGAAACCUGGAGCGCCGAACGCUGUGCUGGUUUCUUUGAUGUCAUCGACCCGCUGAAGGAUUUGGUCUCAGUGCAACAGCUGUCAGCACCGCAGGCGUGGCAGUGGAAGUCUUUGCUGAAUUGGGAAGUGAUUUUGCUGUGGUAA